AUGGAUUCAGGAUCGGAGCUAGUCUACUACCGCCACGGCCACGGCCACAGUGCGCAGACACGGGAGGACGAGCCCACGUCGCCGACCUCGCCUCUCGCGCCGUAUCCGCCGCUAGCCCCGACGGAAUCCCGUAGCCGCGCUCCCGAGUUCUACGGCUUCGUCGCCUGGACGUCGACCUACCUGCUCUUCGUCCUGUAUCUCCUAUGGGCCUUCCUUCCGGACGAGACCAUCGUCGCAUUAGGUGUGGCCUGGUACCCGAACCGAGAAUGGUCGCUGCUGAUCCCGGCAUACGGGAUGGUGCUCGUGCUCCUGACGUACUUCACGUACUUCGCCCUGGCACUUGCCGGCACGCCGUCCUUCGCUGAUAUGCGCACGAUAACGGGUGAGCCACUAUCUGUCCGUCAUCUCACCUUGCCUUGCUCUCCGAACCCGUAUCUCGCACACGCCCAGCCUGGCGCGAUUCCGGAGCUGUACGACAUCCCCCUGGGGCUCGUGAACCGGGUCGUGUACGGGCGCCGUCCAGCGGUAGCAGCAGCAGCCUGCAGCCCACCGUAG